GAGGGUGGAAAAACGCUGGAGAUGUGUUAAAAAUGGGUUGUAAAUAUGCUAUAAAUAUGUCAUAUAUCCUCUGUGCUUCUGUUUCUCUUGCUCUGUAUCUCAGCACUUUCUCAGAAUCACUCUUUUAGGUAUUCGAGUUUCAUCUUCUGUCCUCGCUCGAUAUUCUCUUCUGCUCUCUGCUUCUGCUUCUGCUUCUGCCGAUAUUUCAUAUUCCAUAUUCCAUAUUCCAUAUUCCUGAUCACAAUGUCUGCACCUGAAAACCAUUUUCCUUUGGAUCUCGAAAAGGGCUAUGCCUCUGGAGCCUCCAGUGCUCCAAAGCCUUAUUCCCCAAACCACAUUGAAAACAACCUCGCUAAUGGUAAUGUUACAAAAGUCACCAGUGAAGGUAAUAUUGUAUAUCUUGGUGACCAAGCUUUCCAUAAGCACGAACUUAUCAACGCCUUUGGUGGAGAUUUAAACCCCAAGCUACAUGCCCCAUCUGUUCACAGAUACGCCAACCCUGUUCCUUUAGGCUUGUCGAGUUUUUCUUUCUGCACUUUGGUUCUCUCUUUAAUCAACUGUCAGGCUAGAAGCGUCACAAAUCCAAACGUCCUUAUAGGCUCUUUCUUCUUUUAUGGCGGUGCAAUUGAAUUAUUUGCCGGCUUGCUAUGUUUUGUGGUUGAAAACACUUUUGCCUGUUGUGUUUUAGGUGCCUUUGGUGGCUUCUGGUUAAGCUAUGGCGCCAUCUUAUCUGAUUCCUUUGCUAUCACCUCCUCUUAUUCAACUGCAGAUGAAUUACAUAACGCUCUUGGUUUCUUCUUGUUUGGUUGGGUGCUUUUCGCAUUCUUGAUGUGGUUGUGCACUUUUAAAUCUACUUGGGCCUUCUUUUUAAUGUUCUUCUUUAUCUGGUUCUUUAUCCUAAUCUUAUGUAUUGCUGAAUUUACUCAAUCUGUCGGUUUGACUAAAGCCGGUGGUGUCUUGGGUGUUAUAGCUGCUUUAUUUGGUUUUUACCAUACUUAUGCUGGUGUUGCUGAAAAAGAUAACUCUUACUUUGUACUAAGAGCUUUACCAAUGCCUCAUGCUCCAAAAGUUUAAUAUUCCCCCUAAUAACUUCUUUUCUAUUUUAUCUAAAUUUUAUUCUUGAUAUUCUUAUUAUCAAUUAAUAAUUAAUUAAUUAAUUAUAAUUUAUCUAAAUUUGCUUAAAUUUGCUUAAAUUUACUUAAAUUUAUUUAUCCUAUUAUAUCAAUUUCAUAUUACCUUAAAAGCUGGUUUUAUCUUAUAUUACACUAUCCAAUCUUUUCCUUUCUUUUCCUUCCUUUCUUUUCCUUUCUUUCUCUUUAUAGUUUUUUUUAUGUUCGUUUAUAUUUUUUUACGUUUUUCCUUUAUCUGUUAUGUCCAAUUCUCUUUCUAAUAUUUUUUCUUUUUAGUGCUUCCAAAUAAUUAUAAACUACCCCAUAACUUUUAUUCAUUUCUAAUACUAUAUUCUUAUUAUAAUGUCACAAAUAAUACAUACUAUACUUUCUCUUUUU